CGUCAAUACUGGGCGACGAUCCACAACUCGAAACUGAUUUGAAGGCCCAGCGUAUCGAGGUCUUUUCUGCAUUCCUUGAUAGUGAUGAGUCUAAAACCUACAAUUACAAGGAGGAAAUCAAGAAGAUGCUUAGACAAGGCCAGCAACGCCUGAUAAUCAAUAUCGACGACAUGCGUGAUUACAGACGAGACUACGCAGACGGCUUACUUAAAACUCCAAACGAUUACUUCCCAGCGCUUGAGGAGGCUCUCUAUGAGGUUAUCAAAGUUGUGCAUAAUCCAGACACCGAUGACAUUGUCAACAAGUCAUUCUACUGUGGUCUGAGGGGUUCUUUUGGUGAUAACCAUGUCAAUCCACGUACUUUGCGUGCGAUGCAUAUAGGGAACAUGAUAUCCUUAGAGGGUAUCGUUACUAGAUGCUCACUCGUACGUCCAAAAAUGCUCAAGUCUGUCCAUUAUUGCCCAGAGACAAAAGAAUUUCAGUCACGAGAAUACAGAGAUGCCCAAAUGAUGGGUAAUGCACCAGUAACAACUUCUGUCAUACCUACAACUGACGAUAACAACAAUCCUCUUCAAACUGAGUUCGGUUUCUCAACUUUCAAAGACCAACAAAUGAUUUCAAUCCAGGAAAUGCCAGAAAGAGCACCGGCUGGGCAGUUACCUCGCAGCAUUGACGUACAAAUGUACGACGAUAUGGUCGACAAAGUCAAACCAGGUGAUAGAAUCCAACUCGUUGGUGUGUACAGAGCUAUAGCCGGUGGUGCGGGUACUUCGGCAACCGUUAGAACUGUUUUGCUCUCAAACAACGCCAUUCUCCUCUCAUCUAAGGCUGGCGGUGGUAUUGCACAAAUGAUGAUAACCGACAGUGAUGUGAGACAGAUCAACAAGCUUUCGAAACGCAAAAACAUCUUCAACUUACUCUCGCAAUCACUUGCACCAUCGAUUUACGGCCAUGAUUACAUCAAGAAGGCUAUUCUACUGUUAUUGCUAGGUGGACAAGAAAAGAACCUCGAUAAUGGUACACACAUUCGUGGUGAUAUUAACAUCCUCAUGGUUGGUGAUCCAUCCACUGCCAAAUCACAGAUGUUGAGAUUUGUACUUAACACUGCACCACUUGCGAUCGCAACUACAGGUAGAGGUUCAUCCGGCGUUGGUUUGACAGCCGCUGUCAACACUGACAAAGAAACUGGUGAGCGUAGACUCGAAGCUGGUGCGAUGGUACUCGCAGACAGGGGUGUCGUAUGUAUAGAUGAAUUUGACAAGAUGAGCGAUGUAGAUAGAGUUGCUAUCCACGAAGUUAUGGAACAACAAACAGUCACCAUUGCCAAGGCUGGUAUUCACACGUCCCUCAACGCUAGAUGUUCAGUCGUGGCUGCUGCCAACCCAAUCUAUGGUCAAUAUGAUGUUCACAAAGAUCCUCACAGAAACAUUGCGCUGCCGGAUUCCUUGCUCUCUCGUUUCGAUUUGCUCUUCAUCGUCACUGACGACGUGGACGAGCAGAAGGAUAGAAUGAUGUCCGAGCACGUCCUCAGGAUGCAUAGAUAUCUCCAACCGGGAGUCGAAGAGGGUACACCGGCGGUUGACAACCUCGACCAAGCGCUUGACGUUGGCACCCAAGCUGAGGAAGCAAUUGUCGAAACACAACCAUUCGAGAAAUUCAACCCACUUCUGCACGCCGGUGUAACAACCACCAUUGGUAAAGGCGCAAACAAACGUAAAGAAGUCCUUUCGAUAAACUUCAUAAAGAAAUACGUUCAAUAUGCCAAGAACAGAAUCACACCGCAAUUGACAAAGACAGCUUCAGAGUAUAUUGUUGAUGUCUAUGCUGGUUUGCGUAAUGAUGACCAAGCUGCUAACACCCGCAGAACCACUCCGCUUACUGCUCGUACACUUGAGACUCUCAUCCGUUUGGCUACCGGUCACGCCAAGUCGAGAUUGUCGCAAACUGUUGAUGAAGUCGAUGCGCAAGCUGCUGAAGAGAUUUUGAGAUUCGCCUUAUUCAAGGAAGUAAUCAAAGUUGGUAAGGGUAAAACAGGCAAGACAGCAGCAGGAAAGAAGAAACGUAAGCUCAACACCGGUGGUGGUGCAGAACCGAGCGAUUCAGAGAUGGAUGAAGAUGAAGAAGGUGAUGGUGAUGCUAGUGAGGACAGCGAUGAAGGAGACGAAGAAGGAAUGCAACAGGAUGGUCAAGAAAUGCAGCAAGAUGGCCAAGAGAAUGACGACGCUCAAGCAGCUGCCAUGCUUGACAAUUCCAUGAUGGAUACUUCUAUGAAUUUCGAUAAUCUCGCCAGCACUAGAACUACGCCGGCUCCAACAGCGCCACCAGCACCAUCAGCACCAACAUCCGUCGACGAUGCCCUCACACCACAACGUGUAGCUCUCUUCAAAACGAAAUUUGCGGAUGCUUUACAAUCAACUUUCGACGGUGAAGAAGCUGUCAGCGUAGAGGAUGCCGUUCAAGAAGUCAACAAAGGUCUUGGUACUGAUGCACUCUUCGGCUCUACCGAAGCUAUGAAGGUACUCGAGCGAAUGAAUGAUGAGAAUGAAAUUAUGUUAUCAGGUGGCAUCAUCUACAAAAUCUAAGCAACCUAAUUUAUACCACUAAAAGCGCAUGUAUUUAUAAGUCAUUAAGUCCG